UCUGGUGUGCGAGAAGCCAGGGCUCCCUCGGGGAGCUCAGAGCGUAUAAAAGAGAGCUGCCUGCCCUGCUCCGGGCUCCCUGCUUUUCCCUUUGCUCUCGGCUUGACGAAUGUGGACGUGCGCCAUGGAAACGCCUCUGGAAAAGGCCUUGGCAACCCUGGUCUGCACCUUCCACAAGUACUCGGGGAAGGAAGGUGACAAGAUGACCCUGAGCAAGGGGGAACUGAAGGAGCUGGUGAAGAACGAGCUGGGCCUGGGGGAGAGGAUGAAGGAGGGCGGCAUUGAGCAGCUGAUGAAAAGCCUAGACCGGAACAGCGACCAGGAAAUCGACUUUAAGGAAUACUCGGUUUUCCUGUCCACCUUGUGUAUGGCCUACAACGACUUCUUCCGGGGACAGAGCAAGUAGCUGGGGGGAUGGGGGGCUGAGACCGGGCCCCCGAGCCCCUGGCUCUGGGCACUGUCCGGCUGCUUGCAAUAAAAAGCGUUUUGUCCACCGUUCUCCCAGUGUUAUGUGUUUCCUGCUGUCCAGCUGUCCUUCCAUCCCCCCUGCUGUGCCAUCUGUCCAGGCUAGAAUAUCUCGUGCCAGGUUGCAGCUGAAGAAGUGGCUUUUUUACCCACGAAAGCUUAUGCCCAAAUAAAUCUGUUAGUCUUUAAGGUGCCACCGGACUCCUUGUUGUUUUUCGUGCCAGACAGACCUCUUUUCUCUUCGCCCGUCUGUCCAGCCAUUCCCCAUGCACGUCUAUCUAGCUUGCAAUC